AUGACGUACCCUGGGCGGUCGUCGACUUUCGCAGUCCUCUUGCUGCUGUUCCUCGCCAUCGGCGCCCGCGGCGACACAUUUUCCGAGCAGAUCGCCAAAUACACCGCGACGUGGGCCGAGAUUAGCCAGCCUGGAUUCGAGGCGAUCGAAAAGAUGAGGGCGCUCGCUGGCCGAGCCGACUCCGUUUUGGGGUUGGCUGGGCCAGUGGGCUCCCUCAUCUCCGUGGGAGUCAAAUGGGUUGUAGCCGUGAGUAAAAUUUUGACGGCUCGU